GCUCCGUGGAAUUAGUUGAAUAUCUGAUCACCAAUGGUGCAAAUAUAAAAGCCACAACUGUCGAAAAUAAUACAGCUUUAUAUUUGGCUGCUGAAAAAGGUAACAUGCAGAUUGUCAAAAAUCUUAUCGAACAUGGAGCUGAUGUGAAUUCUAGAGAUAAGAAUCACAAUACACCACUACACUUGGCAUCUCUAUGCGGCACACUCGAAAUGAUUGAGUUUUUAAUCACUCAUGGUGCAAAGGUAAAUGUCGAAGAUAAUCGUAAAUGGACGCCACUCCAUAAGGCUGCUCAACGUGGCAAUUUUGAAAUUUUUAAAUAUUUAGUUGAACAUGGAGCAAAUAUAAAUGCUACAACUAUCGACAAUGAUACUCCUUUAUUUUUGGCUACUGAAAAUGGUCACGUGGAGAUUCUCAAAUAUCUUGUCGAAAAUGGAGCGGAUGUGAAUUCUGUAGACAAACAUAAUUAUACACUACUUUACUGGGCUACUGCUUUAGAUGACUCAUUGAAAUUAUUCGAAUAUCUGAUCACCAAUGGUGCAAAUAUAAAUGGCACAACAUUGUCUUUGGCUGCUCGGAAUGGUGACAUGCCGAUUGUCAAACGUCUUAUCGAACAUGGAGCUGAUGUGAAUUUUAGAGAUGAAAAUAAUGAUACACUACUACACGUGGCAGCUGAAUAUGGUAGACUCGAAAUUAUUGAGUUUUUAAUAACUCAUGGCGCAAAGGUAAAUGCCGAAGAUGAUCGUAAAUGGACGCCACUCCAUAAGGUUGCGCGACAUGACAAAUUUGAAAUUAUUAAAUAUUUAGUUGAACAUGGAGCUAAUAUAAAUGCUACAACUAACAAAAAUGAUACUCCAUUGUCUUUGGCUGUUCAGAAUGGUAAAAUGCAGAUUGUCAAAUAUCUUGUUGAACAUGGAGCUGAUGUGAAUUCUGUAGACAAACAUAAUUUUACACCACUUUACUGGGCAUCACUAGAUGGCUCAUUGAAAUUAUUCGAAUAUCUGAUCACCGAAGGUGCAAAUAUGUAUGCUACAACUUUAUCUUUGGCUGUUCAGAAUGGUAACAUGCCGAUUGUCAAACGUCUUAUCGAACGUGGUGCUGAUGUAAAUUUUAGAGUAGGAAAUCAUGCUACACUACUACACGUGGCAGCUCGAUAUGGUAGACGCGAAAUUAUUGAGUUUUUAAUCACUCGUGGUGCAAAGGUGAAUGCCGAAGAUAAUGAUAAAUGGACGCCACUCCAUAACGCCGCUCAAUAUGGCAAAUUUGAAAUUUUUAAAUAUUUAGUUGAACAUGGAGCAAAUAUGAAUGCUACAACUGUCCACAAGUAUACAACUUUGUCUUUGGCUGCUCAGAGUGGUAACGUGCAGAUUGUAAAAUAUCUUGUCGAACGCGGAGCUGAUGUGAAUUCUAGAGACAAAAAUAAUACCACACCACUUCACUGGGCAUCUCAAGAUGGUACACUCGAAAUGAUUGAGCUAUUAAUCACUCACGGUGCAAAGGUAAAUGCUGAAGAUAAUACUAAAUGGACGCCACUCCAUAAGGCUACCCUAUAUGGUAAUUAUUCACAGAGAGAAAUAUUUGUGUUAACAGAGCGUCUACCCAUUAAAAUGUGUUACUUACUCUAUUUUUGGUGUUAA